AACAUUGGCCGUGUUGAUGUCGUUCCACGGGCAACUAGCAAAGUUCUGCCUGUCGUCAUCGGGCGGAGAAAGCGCUGCCUAAGCCCAGUGCGUACCGCGAGGUACCCGAGAUGUUGCGAUUGGGCCAGGGUCACUGCCUCUGGUACAUUAGCGCAACCUCUGGAGCCGCACAGCAACUCUUGCCCCUCGCUGAUUACGAUUAGGCACGAUACAGGCACAUACAUGCUCCAGCUUAGAGCAGUACCUACGAUACAGCGCCUUGUGCUUUAUGCUCUGCGCCGCCUUGAUCGUCUUGACGCAUCUGCAUUCAAACAAGUUAGGCAUCUCGAUUUGCAGCUCUCACUUUCCACCGUUACUUUUUUUUUUUUUUUUCCUUCCUUAGAGCUUCCAGGCCUGGGAACCCGCAGCAGAAACAGUAGAUUUGUCAGAGAUUCACAGCAUUUCACGGGCCGCGGCGGCGUUGAUGAGCCAUCGAUCGGUCUCUUGCGCACAAUAAAUCUUCCGCCGCUUCCUAUUUUUUGCUGUGCUUCGUCUUCCGCCACCGUCUUGAAGAUCGCACACUCGCACAGCCACCGUUACCCCUCAAGCUUUCUCUACACAUCACAAGCUCCCCAAGCAUGGCCGACGUUGAGAUGAGCGACGCCCCAGUGGCCGCCAAGAAGGCCGACGGCGUCAGCGCCAAAGGGGGUGAUAAAAAGAAGUUUGAGGUCAAGAAGACUGACGGGAAUAGUGGAACGCCGUUGCGCUCUGGGCGUGGGACAUCGUCGUCGACA